UGCGUCAUGUUGGACCAGGCCACAGCGACGUCUUUCGUACUGUCGUCUGCUGGCUAAUGCAGGCUACUACUGAUUCUGUUUAUGCUCAAGUAUAUCUUAUACUUGUUCUUAUUUACUUGAGAGUCAAUUAUGGUUGAUAUUAAAUCUGAGCAUGUAGUACAUUGCCGUACCUUUGACUGGAAUACAUUGCAAGUGAAUACCAACUGUGGAAAUAAUUUGCGGCAACUGCUGCACUGUUCAAAGGAGAAGCCGACACGGAGUGGAACAAGAAGCUGAACAGCAGAAGAGUGGCUCAGUGCCGCUAUGACCUCCGAGUUAUCUGUGUGGGACUUCUGUGGCUCUCCCUUGUGGGAUGCCAACCUCACUUGGUACACGGACACUCCUCAGUUCCCGCGGUGCUUUGAGCGGACUGUCUUUGCAUGGAUUCCUUGUGCCUUCUUGUGGGUGCUGGCGCCUCUGGAGACUCAUUACAUCAUCUGCAGCCGUGACAGACAUGUGCCUUGGUCUUGGGUGAACCUCUCCAAAUUGGUAGGAUCGUUGGUGCUCUUAUUACUACAGUUAAUAGACUUUGUGUAUGCACUACAUCAAUGGAGGAUUGGGCAACCAAUUUAUGCAGUCCAUUUUGUGACUCCUGCUCUUCUCUUUGUCUCAUUGUUUUUGCAGUCUGCAGUGGUCUUGGUGGAGAGGAAAAGGGGAUUUCAGAGCUCAGGCUACCUCUUUCUCUUUUGGUUACUAUGUGUAGUGUGUUUCCUGCCAGAGUAUGUGUCUCAUAUCUCUGCAGGUCCUUACCAGGAGGGUGAAGGAGUUUAUUUUGGUACCUUCAUGGUAUUCUAUCCAUUUACUGUGGGUAUGUUACUGAUCCACUGUUUUGGGGAUGCCUCACCACGCUAUGUUCAUUACCCACGAAGUCAUAAAUACUGCCCAGAAGUAAGUGCAUCAUUCCUCAGCAAAAUAACGUUCUCUUGGAUUAAUUCUCUCAUUUGGAAAGGUUACAAGCAACCUUUAGAAAAUGAUGAUCUGUGGGAUAUCUCUUAUGAAAAUGCCUCCAAUACAAUUGUGGAGAAAUGGAACAAAAGCUGGAAGAAAAACUCUGCCAAAGCCUACAAAAAAUUUUGGGACAAUUUUGGCAAAGGCCAGUCUCACACCUAUGCCACCUUUAAUAAUACUGACCAAGUGGAGUUGUCAGGUCAGGCAGGCAACAAGGAGCAUUAUCUUUCCAUUCUUCCCACCUUGGUGAAGGUGUUUUCAUCCUCUUUUUGUUUUGGAGCUUUUCUUAAGUUUCUUCAUGAUGUCCUACAGUUCCUCAGUCCUCAAAUCCUGAGUGCACUCAUCACUUUUACGGAGAGCACUGAGGAGGAAGCACCAGCUUGGCAUGGUAUUUUGUAUGCUGUGUUGAUGCUGGUGUGUGCUCAGUGUCAGUCUUUCCUACUGGGGCAGUAUUUUGCCUGGAUGAUGGUAGUUGGUCUUCAGAUGCGCACUGGAAUUAUCUCUGCUGUUUAUGGCAAGGCAAUGAGAAUUUCCAGCUCAGCCAAGAAGGAAUCCACAGUAGGGGAAAUAGUGAACUUAAUGUCUGUGGAUGCUCAGCGCUUCAUGGACAUCACCACCUACAUUAACAUGCUGUGGUCAGCACCUAUGCAGAUUAUCUUGGCCAUAUAUUUCCUAUGGAAUCUUCUUGGACCUUCUGUUCUGGCUGGAUUAGCUGUGAUGAUAGUGCUUAUCCCUAUUAAUGGAUUCAUUGCCAACAAGACAAAAAAACUUCAGAUAAAGCAGAUGAAAUUGAAAGAUGAACGUGUAAAGCUCAUGAACGAGAUCCUAAAUGGCAUAAAGGUGCUGAAACUGUAUGCCUGGGAGCCGUCAUUUGAAUCUCAAGUGACAACAGUACGGAACAAGGAGGUCAAGGUACUGAGGGAGGCAGCCUACUUCAAUGCUGGCACCAACUUUAUUUGGAAUUGUGCCCCAUUUAUGGUAUCAGUUGCCACCUUUGCUGUGUAUGUUAAUGUGUCUCCUGAUAACAUUCUGGAUGCCAAGACUGCCUUUGUCUCCCUUUCACUUUUCAACCUCCUGCGUUUUCCCUUGGCUAUGCUUCCCAUGCUGAUUACUAGUAUGGUACAGGCACAUGUCUCCUUGAAAAGAAUCAAUAAGUUUAUGAAUGCAGAUGAACUGGACACAAACAGUGUGCAGGGAGAUCCCACAUACAAGCAUCCAAUUGUGGUAGAGAAUGGAACGUUUGCCUGGGGUCAUGAGGAGGAAGAUAGCAAGCCAGUACUUAAGGGCUUGAACCUUACAGUACAGACAGGUUCCCUAGUAGCAGUAGUGGGUACCGUUGGUACAGGCAAAUCCUCCCUUUUAUCAGCCAUCCUUGGUGAAAUGGAGAAGCAGAGUGGCAGAGUAAAUGUUAAGGGCAAAGUGGCUUAUGUGGCCCAACAGGCAUGGAUUCAGAACACAACCUUAGAAAAGAACAUUCUUUUCAACCAGCCCAAAGUGGAUGAUUUGUAUGAGGCAUGCCUACAGUCAUGUGCCCUACAGAGUGACCUUGCUAUCCUCCCUGGCGGUGACCAGACUGAAAUUGGGGAAAAGGGGAUCAACCUAAGUGGAGGCCAGAAACAGAGAGUUAGUCUUGCACGAGCUAUUUACUCUGAUGCAGACAUCUUCCUGUUAGAUGAUCCCUUGAGUGCUGUGGACUCUCAUGUUGGGAAACACAUCUUUGACCACGUGAUAGGCCGUAAUGGCAUGCUGAAGAACAAGACACGUGUGUUGGUCACCCAUGGGCUAACAUACCUUCCCCAGACAGACAGGAUUAUUGUAUUGAAAGAUAAUCAGAUAAGUGAACAAGGCACAUUCAAGGAACUCUUGCAAAAAAAGGGACCAUUCCAAGAAUUUCUUCUCCAAUACCUUGCUUCAGAUUCUGAGGAGCUUGAUAACCUAGAAGAACUGGAAGAUAUCAAGCACCAGCUGGAGAGCUCCCUUGGGCGAGAUGUGAUGGAGCAACAGUUGGUGCGUGAGAAGCGGGCAAGUGAGAGUGAAAGCCUUGCAGACUCAGAUUGCAGCAAACAUGUUGUGCGUCGCCAAAGUAGUCAAAGGAUCAGUGAAUCAUCUGUUGGGAAGGAGACACAGGCCCCACCACCUAAGAAAAAAGGAGAAAAGCUCAUUGAGGCAGAAAAGACUGAGACAGGCAGAGUUCAGACUGAAGUGUAUAAGUACUACAUGAAGUCCAUUGGGAUUCCAAUACUUAUUUGGACCAUGUGCUGCUUUGUAGUUGCACAGACCUGUAUUGUGGGCUCCAGUGUGUGGCUAUCUAUUUGGUCAGAGGACACCAGCAUGGACAGCAGCAGCACAGACAUGUAUCUUGGGGUAUAUGGUGCCCUUGGUAUCGGCCAAGCACUGGGAGGCUUGCUAGGAGAUAUAUAUGCCAUGAAGUGCAUGAUGAAAGCAGCGAAAAUUAUGCACAACAAUCUCCUGUUGAAUAUGAUGCGGCUCCCUCUCAGCUUUUUUGACAAAAAUCCUGUUGGCCGCAUUACUAACAGGUUUUCAAAGGACAUGGAUGCAGUUGAUUCUGGAUUACCAUAUUAUAUUAAUGAUGUGAUCUGGUGUGCAUUGGAGGUUCUGUCAACUUUUGCAGUUAUCAUCUAUGCCACCCAUAUCUUUAUUGUGGUAAUGAUUCCUACUAUAAUCAUCUACAUCUUUAUACAGAUUGUGUAUGUGUCAACCUCAAGGCAAUUAAAGCGUUUGGAAUCUGUGUCUCGCUCUCCAAUAUACUCUCACUUCCAAGAAAGUAUUCAAGGGGCUUCUACAAUCCGGGCAUAUGGAAGGCGGGACCAGUUUAUUAAAGCCUCAGAAUUAAAAGUGGACUUAAAUCAGAUUUGUUACUAUCCAAGUGUCAUCUCAAAUAGGUGGCUCGCAACGCGUCUUGAGUUCAUUGGUAACGUGAUCACAUUCUUCGCUGCCCUGUUUGCUGUACUGAGCCGUGAGACCAUUGAUGGAGGAAAGGUUGGGCUGUCAGUCACAUAUGCACUAUCGGUGACACAAACACUCCAUUGGCUGAUAAGGAUGUCCUCAGAAGUGGAAACUAACAUUGUGGCUGUGGAAAGAAUCAAAGAGUACACUGAAACUCCACAGGAGGCACCAUGGGAUCUACCCAACACCAAGCCACAAACGGACUGGCCUCAGGAGGGAGUGGUUGAAUUCAACAACUAUAGUACCAGGUAUCGAGAAGGACUGGAUCUUGUCAUUAAAAACAUAAAUUGCAAGAUUACUAAAGGAGAGAAGAUUGGCAUUGUUGGAAGGACAGGUGCAGGAAAGUCCUCAUUGACACUUGGUCUAUUUCGUAUCAUUGAGGCUGCUGGAGGCAACAUCACCAUAGAUGGCAUCAAUAUUUCCAAAAUUGGCUUACAUGACCUACGCAGCUGUCUUACUAUAAUUCCUCAGCUCAACAGAGAGGUCUAACUCCACACAUCUCCACCUACCUCACUGGUGGACCUCUUGUCUUGCCACCUCACUCCUACCAUGUAUCUCAGCAUCCUGUGGUCACAGCUAUGUAGAAUAUCUGUCAGUCUGUUUGUCAAUACCCAUGUUUCUGCUCCCUACAGAAGAGCAGAUCUGACACAGGCUUCGUAUACCCUUCCCCUGAUCCUCAGUUUUAUGCUGCAAUAUACCAAUAAACUAGCAAUUUCUUGCUAUCUUCCCCAUGCAACUGCUGUUCUCAGCCUUACUGCUCUCUCUGCACCUGCUGCACUGACUAACAUAUCUCCCAAGUAGCAGAACUGUUGUAUCUCCUCCACCACAUCUUCAUUCAAACAUCCUUGUCAUCACCACCGCCACCACCACCUUCUUCCUCCUGCACACAUCUUGGACAUACAAAGUUCUGUGCGCCUCUAAGAUUCCUCAGAUCUGAACAUUGUUGAUGACUUCAUUUGUUGCACAUGGUACACAACACUGUGUUUGCUCCCACUACUCUUCUACAGUAUCCACAUGGCCAUCUUUCUAACUGAAUUCUUUUUGUAGCUUCAUUUCAAGUCAUUAUUAGUUUUGUCUUCUCCAUGUUUACUUUCAGUCCACUCUGCUCCAUCUCCUCCUUCCACCUGUUAAACAUGUCAGUCACUUCUUCCCUUGAUUCUGCUGUCAACACCAAACCAUCAUUACUUCAAGGAAAAUGGAAUAAGAAUUCUCUAUUCAAUUUAAUGCAUGAUUUUGAAAAAAAAAAAAAAAAAAAAAAGUGGAGGGAGGGAGACAAGAGACACGAAGAUCUUUGCAGGUGAUUAUGUCAUAAGUAAAUUGAAUACAGUAAAGGUUCUGGUUAUAAAAGUGAAAAUGAGACUGGUAAUUUACAUAAUAUUUAGUGUCAUGUCCUCUUGAGAUACCCAAUCUAACAUAGUGACUGUAAUUUACAUGAUAUUUAGUGUCAUGUCCUCUUGAGAUACCCAAUCUAACUGGUGAGAAGAAACAUAAGAUGAGACAGCAUUUAAUUUCAGUUAUUGCCCAAGCUUGACUUAUUUAUUGAACAUCAUUGGAUGCAGAGAUUUUUUUUCCUUGGUGUGAUUGUACAGGCAAGAGGAAUUACUAACUACUUAAUGACAAUGAUAUUAAUAGCUUGUGGAUAAAAGAAAAAGAACUUUGGCACCUAGCGCAAUAACACAACAUUUCCUAGCGCGUAAACCUGCCAGUAGGCGCACUGAGCCGUCCUAAUCUUCCGUCACUUACAGUACUUCAUACAGAGAAACUGAAGCGAUAGAGGGCAGCGUGAUACCCGCCAUCAUAACAAAUACAAUUUUACACUGCUGGUGAAACUUUCGUGGUCGUAUUCGAAUUGGGAGAUUUUGUAGCUGUUUUGUCUGCCUCCUCUACUCAAGAGAAAAUAGAGUACAAGCAACACCCGCUUAACGAAGGGGUUACAUUCCUAAAAACCCUUCAUUAAGCGAACCGAUUAUAACA